UAAGGCUUCAAAUCCGCGGACAGCCGCUAGUUGGAUAACGGCAUCGACCGACACCUGAAAAGCGGAGCUCCGUGCGGGGUGAACUCCACCUGACACACGCCGAAUUCAGCCUCGGAGAGAAGGAGGAUACACGUUAAAAAAAGCGGUUAAACUCGGUUUAACGGGAGAAAAAUCGUCGUUACCGAAAAACUCCGGAGCUACGUAGUUAAUUUUUUUUUUUUUUUUUUUUUUUGUAGCUCGGCUAACCGCGCUAGCUCCAGAAGAAGAAGAAGUAGGCCGGAGCGUUUGACCCGGGACUUUUUGUGGUUUUUUUUUUAUUUUAGCACGGGAUAGCGAAUCAUCCUGGCACAGCACGGUUGCCACCUUGACGUAAAAGAAGAAGAACACACCUGAGACAAAGAGGAUGGCGCUGAAACGGAUCAACAAGGAGCUCAGCGACCUGGCUCGCGACCCCCCAGCACAGUGCUCAGCUGGUCCCGUGGGCGAUGACAUGUUUCACUGGCAGGCCACAAUCAUGGGACCUAGCGACAGUCCAUAUCAGGGAGGAGUUUUCUUCUUGACAAUUCAUUUUCCCACAGACUACCCCUUCAAACCACCCAAGGUUGCAUUUACAACAAGAAUUUACCACCCAAAUAUUAACAGUAACGGCAGUAUCUGUCUGGAUAUUCUCAGAUCACAGUGGUCUCCUGCACUUACUAUUUCAAAAGUUCUUCUCUCCAUUUGCUCACUCCUAUGUGACCCGAACCCAGACGACCCACUAGUGCCAGAGAUCGCACGAAUCUACAAAACAGAUAGUCAGAAGUACAAUAAGCUAGCUCAGGAGUGGACAACGAAGUAUGCCAUGCUUUAGGAUACACCAGAACGGCGAAAGAAUGGACAAGCAAAUACGCAAUGUGAUGGCAUCUGUGGAAGCUGGUGGAAAAAAAUUCUGGUUCAAACAAAAAAAAAAAAAUCCGGGAUUCUGUUUUUUUGUUUUUCUUUUUCACUUUUCUUUGUUUUGUUUUUUUGUUAAUCAGAGCAUUUUACCCUCCUUCCCUGUUUCCACCUGCGCUCAUAAGAAGAUAGUGUUUUCUCUCUAGGACACGUGCCAGUUUCUGUGACUCCUGCUCCCAUUUCGUAAAAAAAACACUUGAGCAUGCACCAGUAAGACGUUUUCAACCCGAAGUCGGUGACGUCGGUCAUCCACUCUGCACACACUUAGUAGAAUCUGAUGCGACUGGUCUCUUGACACUGAACGCUGCAUCGACCCCGCGGUGGUUCGGGUUCGAUCCCGCCGCGUGGUCGAUGGUUUUACUGGAUCUCUCAGGGCACUGUCUGUAAAUUCUGAUUUUUAAAAGUUUCAAAUUGGCCAAAUUCUGCAUUUAAUUUGAAAGUGGUAAAAAUCUGAAAUGGGGGAAAACGGCGACACACUGAAAACUUGUUUCUGCCUCCUGGGCCGGUGUGACGUCGUCUGCUCUUCUGAUCAUUAGUAUAGGAGUGUAUCUUAUUCCACUAUCAAAGUGUGUGUACAGAGAAGCACAGCAGUAUAUAUCAAUGUUAAGGAAACAAAAUAUAAGAACUUCAAUGUUGUAUUUUAUGCAUGUUAAUAAAGGUAGGCUAUUAUAUCUGAUAUGUUUCUGCAAACUUCCGUGGAUUGUACGGCUGAAGUUGGAUAAUUUGGUUCCCCUCAGGCUUCCUAUUCUUUCUUUAGAAGCCAGUAGCUGAGCUGUUAGUUUGAUGCCCACUCGAACACUGUCUUCUUGUAGCCCUUAAAUAUUGAUGCAAAGCCGACGGUUGAUGAUCAACUUGUGGCUCUGUUUCUUUUUACUUUUCCCUUCAAUAAAGUUACUUAAACCAUAAAA